CAAGGUCUCCUGACUCUCCCAACACAUACUGCUCUCCCCCCAUGGGCAGGCUCCACAUUCUGCACUUCCUGUGGUUUUUCACUGCUAUCCCCGUCUUGGCUGGUUACCCUAUUUGGUGGUCUUUGGCACUGGGGCAGCAGUACAGUUCCCUCAGCUCACAGCCCAUUCUCUGUGGAUCCAUACCAGGACUGGUGCCCAAGCAGAUGCGAUUCUGCCGGAAUUACAUUGAGAUCAUGCCAAGUGUGGCAGAAGGGGUGAAGCUGGGAAUCCAGGAGUGCCAACACCAAUUCAGAGGCAGGCGCUGGAACUGCACCACCAUCCAUGACAGUCUCGCCAUCUUCGGACCAGUGCUGGAUAAAGCCACACGGGAGUCGGCCUUUGUUCACGCCAUCGCUUCAGCUGGAGUGGCCUUUGCUGUGACCCGGUCCUGUGCAGAGGGCAGCUCCACCAUCUGCGGCUGUGACUCCCACCACAAAGGCUCAUCAGGCGACGGCUGGAAGUGGGGCGGCUGCAGUGAAGACGCAGACUUUGGGGUCCUGGUGUCCCGAGAAUUUGCUGAUGCCAGAGAGAACAGACCAGAUGCCAGAUCGGCCAUGAAUAGGCACAAUAAUGAGGCAGGAAGGGCGACCAUCCUGGACCACAUGCACCUGAAAUGCAAGUGCCACGGCCUGUCUGGCAGCUGUGAGGUGAAGACCUGCUGGUGGUCCCAGCCAGAUUUCCGAGCCAUCGGUGACCAUUUGAAGGAUAAGUACGACAGUGCCUCUGAGAUGGCCGUGGAGAAACAUCGGGAGGCGCGAGGAUGGGUGGAAACCCUGCGGGCCAAAUACUCUCUCUUCAAACCUCCCACUGAGAGGGAUCUUGUGUACUAUGAGACAUCCCCCAACUUCUGUGAACCUAACCCAGAGACUGGCUCCUUCGGGACACGGGGACGUUCCUGCAACGUGACAUCCCACGGGAUAGACGGCUGUGAUCUGCUGUGCUGUGGAAGAGGCCACAACACCCGCACUGAGAAACGCAAAGAGAAAUGCCACUGCAUCUUCCACUGGUGCUGUUAUGUCAGCUGCCAGGAAUGCGUGCGCAUCUAUGACGUGCACACCUGCAAGUGACA